GUCUGCAGGGCUGCUUCUCUCCCAUUUCUCACCCCUUUCUCCCAGCUGCUGUAGCACAGCAGGUUUUUCCCCUUAAAUCUUCUCUCCCAGAGGCCCAACCAGUGUAACUCAUGGAUCUGCUGUGGAGCUGGCUCUGAUCUGACAUAGGGCAGCUGCUGGGCUCUGCUUACAGAGGCCACCCCUGCAGCCCCUUUGCCACCACAACCUUGCUGUGCAAGCUGAAUACACUUGCAGAUGCCUUUUUUAAUAUAUUCAAGUUUUGGCAUUUAAGCUCAAUCCCUUAUUUGGUCUCCAGUGCCGUAGCUCAUCCUGGGAACAGGUGCAAUUACAGAAUCCAUAGGAAGCCACUGAGGCUGCUCAUAAAGGCAGAUGUGCUUGUAUACGGUCAAUUUGAAGUCACAUUUGUGUCCAAUAACUGGAUUUACAAAUAGGCAAGGAUGGAUGGUGAAACACAAAGUCAGCAAUCUGUGCACUUUUUUCAAAGUGAAACUUGGCUUCUCCUUCAUAAUAUAUAUAUAGAGUUUGAAUUUACAGUUUCAAAGUAGAAAACAGCUAAAGAUUAUAGCUAGACAGUUUCUGACUUUUAACUUUAAAAUGCAAUAUUUUAAAGCAAUAAGUUUUGUUUGACAUUUGUUUGAUUACUUUAGGGAAUAUACUUUGCAUCUCUACAGCUUUUCUUUUACUUCCUUAAGUGGUGUGCUUUAAGUUGAAAUUAAAUUGUCCUUCUACUCAAAGAAGUAGCUCAAUUAUUCAUUAGUUUAUCAUUAGGAAAAAUAUUUUUCAAAUGUAUAACCUGAGAAUUGUGUGAAAGGCAGUCUUAAGUGGAAAUCUUCAGUCCUUAGAUUUUUAAAUCUGAAUAUGUUUAAUUUACUGAUUCUAUUUAUAGAAAAGGAAAUAGCUCAUCUCAGUCAAACUUUUUUAAACGUUUACAUUUGUUAUAGUGCAUAAAUAACUUCAGGGAUUAGAAUUCUGAAUUCCUCUAUCGUAUCGUUUCCCAAAGUAGCAAAUAAGGUGUGCAAAUAAGUUAUUUUUUAUGUAAGUAUUCAUUUGAUUGGGGCUAAAAUAAUAGUAAGAAUUCUGAAUAUAACAUUUUUACUUACUCAUCAGAAGUACUUCCCCCGCUUACCACGGAUGAACGUCAUUUGGAAUAACUGGUCUUUACAGUAGCGAAUCAGGCAGCAAAUACCUCUUUGGCAGACUGCACUAGCAAACUGGUCACAACAAGACUAAAAAUUAUUAAAAGUUGAGCCACAGUGAUCAGUUUACUUGAAAUGGAAGCUCAGACCAGUUAAUGAAGCAUCCGACCAAUUCUAAAGUAUCAUCAGUUUUCUUUGAUUCAUCAGGAAUUCCUCUGGUAUGCGUGAAUGUGUUGAAGCAUUCAUAAGCAACAGUAGAGAACUGGACAUCGAAAAAAACGGUGCAAGUGAAGUUGGGAAGCUUCAGUGAUGCCAAUUGAAGAAGAAUAAAUGUAAAGCAUGGGUACAAAUUGGCAAGAUGCAAAACUAGAGUCCAGAGUAGGUAUAUGUCAGAAGUGUUAUGUUUAAUGCUCACUGACUAUUUUUUUUCCCUACUUGAAUAGGGGUAGCAGUUAGGUUGAAAGGAGAAUGUUUGGCUACAGCAGGAUUAAGAUUUUCAUGCAUAUGCACUUUACAUAUACCAAGCCAUUCACACACGUAUCUUAACCUGGUCAGAUGAGAAGCAUCUUACUGAAAUCCAGCAGAAAGGACACAGGCUGUCUGGCUUUGUGAAAUGCUGGAAUUUCAACUUUCUGUACCCAAAGGGGUCUGUUAUAGCAUUUUAUUGCAGAUUUGUAUUGAAGACAUUUGUAAGACCCUAGUUUAUAAAUUAGCUAUUUAUAUUUUCAGAUAGCUCCACUAUUAAUUUCUUUCUUUUCUGCGAGUAAUUUCUUUCAUUUUUUUAAAGCCAGUUACUUAACAAGUGUUCUAAGCACAACCUGAGUGUGAUAAUGUUUUUUUUUUUAAUUGUCCUGUUUCCAUGUUGCUAUUAAGAUCCAGAAUUUCUUGGGUGGGGUGGACAUUGACAGGAACCACACUAGAAACAUCUUCCUUUUUCUGUAUAUUCCAGCACCUGCUUUGGACUGUUGUUGAAAAUGUUUUUUAAGUUAUAUACUGUUAUUACUGGGAGUGAAGGGAUGCAUCUAGAGUAUUACAGAAAUGCCUCUGGGGUCUUCGGGUCACAGAUUGAGAGCUAAGGGGAAUAUUCAGCCCGUUCUUGGAUUCUCCAGCUCAGUGACUGUAUUACUUGCUGGAUGAUGUUCUUCUGGAGCAAUGUAUUUUGCUUCUCAGACGAGCUGAUCUGAUGAAGCUAUCUCAUCUCUUUGAGCAACUCCCUUGUGCCUGUGGCCCUGCCCAGCCUGCUAGUAAGUUGUAAUACAAAAUAAGUGCCACUCUUACGGAAAUUAAUAUAUAAAGCACUAUAAAACUUGGGAGUCUACUGAUUCUACAAGUGCUAACAAGUAACUGUGCUUCUGUUAAGUCAUCCAAAAUCUACUGAGCUGUAUUUACGGCAGAAGUAGAAAAGUGAAUGUGCAGAAUGAGACAUAAAGAGAACAGCAGGAGGCAAAAAGAGUAACCAACUUCUUUGUCACUUGGAAGCUUUGUAUAAUUGACUUACCACCUUGCUAUUGAGUCAUGGAUUCCUCUAAACUACCGAGGCUGAUACCUUCUUAUUGCAACUUAGAGGAGUGCUAGGUUUAUGUUCGUUAUCAGCUCAAACAGUUAGUAGUUCUUGCCAUUGUGUUAAAAGCUAUUUAAAAUUUGAGGCUGUUUUGCUAUUAGAAUGCAUUUUUCCCCAUAUUGAGGGUAUUGUCAGUUAAUGUGGCUCUCAAGGUUUUUUCUUGCUCCAAACUAAAUAGCUUUUUUGGUUCAAAAAUCUUUUCAAUGUAUGGUAGUGUCUAGUUACUAAAUUUAAAUAAAUUAACUUAUUGGAACUGCUAAAUGGCUAAAGGCUAAAAUAAAUGGUGAAGAUUUUUGGGUUGGAUUUUACAAGUGAUUUCUGAAUAUUACUAGCUUAUUAAGUGGCUCACUUCUAAGUUUUUUUUCCUUCAGUGUCCCAAACCAGGUAUUUUUCUAAUCAACACUUUUUUUUUUUAUUUUGAAUGAAAUAACUUUGAGCUGAUUAUUGAACAGUUUACAGAAAUAUGAAAGAGAACUACAAAAAAUUCACAUUAUCCUUGAGCAGAGGCGAUGUAUGUGCACUUGUCACGUAAGCAGGUCCUGUCAGUUUGAUCAGGUUUACGUAGAUAUACAGCCCAUGUGGAAGCGUUCAUAGGAUGAUAUUUGCAGUAAGUUACAAAUGGAUCAUUUCACUGUUUGGAUAUGCAGAGAGAUAAUUAAGAGCUAAUAGUCUGUAUGGGAGAAAAAGCAUAGAUUUAUACUUAACUGAUAGUGUGUUUUGAAGUUACAGCUGCUCGUGAGAAUUAUACCGGAGCAAAAGCACAGAAUUAGCUGGUGCACGUGCUUUGUGCUUUUGCACCUGCAGCAUUCUUGUUUUUCUCUAAUUCUUAACACAAGCAAUAACAGCUUUGCACGUAUUUUAGAGGGCACCUUUUUUUCGUAGUUUUGGAAAAGCUUCAUAAUACAAGGGAGGUACAAGCUAACUACGAAAUCUAAGAAGCUGUGGACUUACUGACACGUUUCAUUUUGUAAACCAAACCAUUUCACGUACGGGCUGCCAUCCUAUGAAGUAUUUACCUAGGACUGGGUUCAGACGAGCAUUUGAACACCUAUGUAACUGCAAGCAUGUGAAUAAACCCAUUGAAAUCCGUUAUUCAUCUGCUUAAAGUUGUGCAUGUGUUCUAACACUUGGAUUGAGGCUCAGAGGGGACUGGGAGGAUUCUCUAACAGUUUUCCUGUGUAAUAGUGGAUGCAAGCAGGCUAUGUCUGUAGUUUUUUUUUGUUUUUAAAGAGAACUUACUGUAGUUUUCAAAGUACCUUGUAUUCUAAAGAAAAUUUAGAGCCCUCUUUUAGGCAUCCUUGUUCUGCAUACAACUUGAUUAAUAUUAAUUUUAAACUUGUAUUUAAUAAAACAUAGACUCAGUUUUGUCUGAAAAUGUAUUACAAUUUAUUUCUGCCAUUUUUGUGUAAAAUUUACAGAAACAGUGUUACAUCGUGCGCUCCAAAGGUAAUGUCUCAUUCCUCUAAGGCUGUGUCCUUUUCUUUUCUCUUUCUGUUUUUAAUCUUUCUUGUUUUUCUGAUCAUAUUGUUACGUGCUUUGAGUCCUUUGUUAGGUCUGAGGCUCUCGGGGGGUGGGCAAAAAAGGUGCUUUUAUCGAAAAGAUGUUCUUCUCUUCACCAAUAUCUUAAACCAAUUUUCUUUAAAUUGGGGGGUGAGUAAAGAUAUUUGUCCUUCUCCAAAUAACAUGGAUAAUAACAUCUAUAAUAAGGCAGAUGUUGAAUGUUUUAAAUUAUAAAACUUCUGUAUAGAAAUGUUUUAAUAAAACACUAUUUCUUGGGAGGGACUCAUCCUAACUAGGUUUCUGUAGUGCAGAAGUAGUAAGUAGGUUUUCUCCUGGGGAAGUUUUGAAGUCAGUGUUCAAGAAAUGUAGGGUGGAACAUGGGCAAAAAGAGCUUUGACGUGGUCUUCUAAGGUGCAAAUGUUUGCAGAAUAAUUGCAGUGUUCCAGCCCUAACCUCGCGAUGAGGGAACUUUCAGAAGCACAACGAGGAGUUUGGUUUCUGCUUCCCGUGGAAAGUCUUGCAAGUUGCCCGACUCCUCCUUGUGCAUCUGAGAAGUUUGCUUUUGGGUAAUGCUUUUCUGUGUGCUUCCACUUCGUGACCAGGCAAAUGAGAAAAAUCCUGUCCACUCUAUCAAAUUGCCAGCGUAAUGAAAGAAACUAAAUGGCUUUACUAGUUACCAGCCGUCCAUUUCCUUGCUUAUCAAGGACCAGUCCAAAGAAAGUACUUAAAUAAUUUGCUUAAAUAAUUUGCUCAAUUGGCCUCCAAGUGCUGCUGCAGCAUGGCAGGAGCACGCUACUACAGCAUUCAUAGCAGGCGUGUUUGAACCUGUUGCUUUCUCGAGCUGACUCUAAACGCUGAGACUCGUUGACUGUUGGUUUCACUGAAGUAACCCACUUCUAUUUUUCACUACUUUAAAUCAGCUUUGUCGUUAAGCCUGCCAAAAACGUUCACCUAACAGCAGGUUGUUAUUGCAGUUAACUUUUGCUUACCGAACUCCCAAAGCUCUGAGACUUUUUCUGUUUGUAGCCACGUGCUGGGUUAGCGAGGGAAAAACAAAAGAUCAGCCCUUGCUGCUGAGAGAUGAGACGUCUUCUUGAUAGCAUUUCUUUCCCUUUGUUUUCUGUAAUAUUUAGGAUUACAGAAGUAGAAGGUCUGGUUGGUGUUUGGAGCUUAGAAAAAUCAGAGUGUAAGCACUCCUGAUUGCAGUUCCAGCUUCUGGCACGGGUCCCAGCACUGCAGUGCUCUGUGGCCUCCUAGCUGAAAGCCAGAAGGAAGCUACGUGCUUUAUCUGGAGUUAUUUCGUUGUAGCAGUGAGAACCUGACUUGGUUGUACCAUCGAGAAGCAUCUGGGCCCUGUGGGGUUCUUAUUUUUAUUUUUUUGAGAGUGUAGUACAGUGGAAGGAAGCUGGAAAGUCAAAAUAGUGCCUCGGGAAGAGAGGGAGAAUGUUUUCAAAUAAUAAAAUAGCUUCAAAUGCAAAUUAGAUCGACAUUUAUUUCACCUCCCCUCCCUUCCCCCAGUAUAUAAGAUCAAUGCAAGUUCUGAUGUUCCUCACUGAAUUUGUCUGUGCAGCCUGGUUCUCUGGGCAACGUUGCUCCCGUAGGUAUGCCUGCAUUAAUUUCCUUUCCCUUCUAGAAGAGGAUAGAGAAAGGUACGAGGUCAUAGCAUUGACACCAAAAAGGUGAAUCUUAAAAUACAGCUGCAUAUGCACAGCCUUGGCUAUCGCAAUUAUAAGUCAGCUUGGAAAUUUGGCGUAGCUCCCACCACCACCACCUCUGUGCAAAAUGUUAUGCAGUGGCAUUUCCCCUUUGGGCUGGAAACAGCUGAACGUGGGAACCUGAAAAAAAGGGAGAAAGUCCGAAUUUAUCACAGAAAUAGAGUAUAGGGUACCUUAUAAUGUCUGCUUGCAUUGUGCUACUGUUGCUUUGGGGAAGCCUGUGAGCUUAUGAGCUGAAUUGCUGUAGUCUUGAUGGUUAAAGUAGUAUUGCUUUGUAUUGUGAGUCCUGAGGCCAAUCAAGUAGAUGGAAAGUAAUAAAAUAGCAGGGAAAAAAAAAGCAAAGAAUCUAUCACAUAUGAUAACUCUGUUUUCCUGUUCCUUUUUUAAAUUGAACUGACUUUAAAGUGACCUUGUAAUGUAAGAACAGUUUCAGAAACGUUAAAUUCCAUUAGUUGGCCAGUACUUAUUUCCAAAUUGUAUCUUUGUGAUUAAAGAUGUUAGUGAGUUAUAUUUGAGUGUGUAUGUAAAGGCAUUUGAAUAUUGUUUAUUGCAUGCAUCCAAUGGUAUUUGGUACAACUUUCAAGUAUGCACAGUUAGCUAAACUUUAAACAAAAUUCAUGUAAAAGAUAAGAUGAAAGGAAAAAAAAAAGUCUGUAUGUGUAAUCUGUAAGGUUUUUAAUUCCGUGUGUGUAACUGGAUUUUUUCACUAUUUUGUCUUACCUUCACCUUUUUUUCUGUGACAUUCUCCUCUUACUUCAUCUGAAUCCUUGAUUUUUUUUACCAUCUUACCAUCUCGCUGUUUGUCAAACAGAACAACAAAGCCUGCUCCCCAUCUCGAUGGCGUACAUGUUGUCUUUGGACUGGUUAUUUCUGGUUUUGAAGUAAUAGAGCAAAUAGAAAAUCUGAAAACCGAUACUGCCAGUAGACCCUAUGCAGAUGUACGAGUUAUUGACUGUGGGGUGCUUGUUACGAAAUCAGCAAAGGAUGCUUUGGAGAAGAAGAAGAAAGUAUGUUCUGAAUCAGAAGAGUCAGAAUCCUCCUCCAGUGCAUCAAGCUCUUCAGAAAGUUCAUCUGAAAGCGAAGCUGAAAAUGAAAGAAGCAGAAGAAGAAAGCGUAAAAGAAGAGCUAAAGCAAAACAAUCAAGAAAACGGAGAAAGGAGGAGAGGAAAAAAGAGGAUUCAAGAUGCAAGCGAACCUCAAACCAAAGAUGCAGCCUUUCUGACAAGAGCGAUGUAACAGAAAAAGCAACUGAUGUUAGCACAAAGAGGGAUAAGCCUGUCGUACGUCCUGAAGAAAUUCCCCCAGUGCCUGAAAAUAGAUUUUUGCUAAGAAGAGAUGUGCCUGUUGUCAACGCAGAACCUGAGCCGAAGCUUCUUGAUGCUACACCAGUUCUAACCGACCAGAAACCAUCAGUCUCUAAAUCUGGACGAAAAAUUAAAGGAAGAGGCACAAUACGGUAUCACACCCCACCUCGAUCGCGGUCGUGUUCUGAAUCCGAUGAUGAUGAGAGUAGUGAGACCCCUCCGCACUGGAAAGAGGAAAUGCAGAGAUUACGAACAUAUAGACCACCUAGUGGAGAAAAGUGGAGUAAAGGCGAUAAGUUGAGUGACCCGUGUACAAGCAGAUGGGAUGAAAGAAGUGCAUCACGGAGAUCAAGGUCUUGGUCACAUAACGGCUAUUCUGAUCUGAGUACUGUGAGAUAUUCCAGCCACCACAAAAAGCACAGAAAAGAGAAAAAGAAAGUGAAACAUAAAAAGAAGUCUAAAAAGCAGAAGCAUUUCAAGAAGCACAAGCAAACGAAAAAAAAGAAAACAUCAGCUUCGUCAGAUGUGGAAUCCUCUCAUUCCUUCGUCAGGAGGAAGAAGUCAUCUUGUGAUCGUGAGAGGAAGUCUCGUUCUUCUUCAUCAUCUUCUAGACAUUCAUCCAGAAGAGACUGGUCUAAAUCUGAUAAGGAAGACCAGAGUUCAUCAACUUUAUCAAGCAGAGACACUCGGUCAUACUACAGGUCCAGGUCCAGAUCUAGGUCUAAAUCAAGGUCUUACUCUCGAAGUUCCAGAUCAAGAUCAGCCUCUAAAUCAUCACGUUCCCGAAGUAGAUCAAGAUCAAGUCCUAGCCCUAGGCAUCAAAAGACUGUUUCCAACUCUCCACGAAACACUUCGACACGAUUAAAUGAGAACAAGCUGAACAAGACUGCUGACCCUGUAAGAGCAGUUAUACUGCCGACGGAUAAAGUCGUCAUACCACCGGUUGUCCCAGAAAGCCUCCCUGUCAUACCCUUAAGUGAUAGCCCACCACCUUCAAGGUGGAAGCCUGGGCAGAAACCAUGGAAGCCAUCCUAUGAGCGAAUUCAGGAAAUGAAAGCUAAAACAACCCAUUUAAUACCCACCCAAACUAAUUAUAAUGUAGUUGUUGUUAAAGAGGCUAACACUUCUUCCUCCUUCCGAAAGCGACAAAGGAGUUCAGAUAGUGACCGAAGUGGUUAUUCCAAAUAUCGUAGCGAUAGAAGCUCGGAUAGUUGGCCGCGAUCGAGAAGCAGGUCCUCCCGAAGCAGGUCAUACUCAAGAUCUUACACAAGAUCUAGAAGUCUGUCUAGCUCAAGAACAAAAUCUCGUUCUUCUGGCAGAUCACAGUCACCGAGUAAAUACCGCAGUGACAGGUCGGGUUAUAGUGAGUCAACAUCUUACUAUUCCCUUAGUGAUGAUGAUAGGCACAGAAGCAAAAGAAAAUCUACAUUGGGGGAUCAGAACGCUCGGUCUCUUAAACUACGGCAGGAAACAAGCUCUGAAAGCACUCUCCCUUAUAAAUGUACAAAAGACUAUGACGAGUCUUCUCAAGGACUGAAAGAGAGUGACAGUUUAUCGUCUUCUGACUUCUCUACUGACAGUGAGCAUUCCAGCAAAGUGAAAGGAGCCCAAGAAAAAGAAGGCCAUUUUCAGUUGGAAGGAGAUGCUCAGCAACAGGAUAAAAGCAACUUAAGUUUGGUGAGAGGGGAGGAGAAAUCCAAGUGUGAAAGGGAUGCUGAUCGUUCUAAAAACAAAGCCAUUAAAGAGAAAUCAUCUGAGCAACCUAGAGGGGGUGCAAAAAGUAAACGAAAAUCCUAUUCAGGUAGCAAAUGGGACUCUGAAUCAAACUCAGAAAGGGGAGAGGCUAGGCGUAGUAGGGCAGAUUCCAGAGCCUCCUCUGGUAAAGAGGAAGGAGAGGCCACAUCAGGAUCUGAUACAGAACUUAGCGUUACCAAAAGGAUAAAAAAAUCAAAUUCCUCAGAAGGCUUUCUGGAUUCUGAUUGUACGUGGAAGGUGAGCAAACAGUUGUCAUCUUCCGAAUCUGAGAGUUCUCAUUCUAGCUCAACAAAUGCUAGAGGAAAGUCAAAAAAGGCCAAACAUGAAUCAAAAAAAACUCUUAAAAAAUCUCACUCCAAAAAAGCAAAAGAAAAAUCCAAAGGAAAAAAGGAGAAGAAACACAAAGUUCAGAAAACAAAAGAAAUGUUUCAUUGGCAGCCCCCGCUGGAGUUUGGUGAAGAGGAUGAUGAUGAUAUAAAUGAAAAGCCAGUUAUCAAGGACGGUAAAAAAGAAAAGCAGCUUACCAGGGACAUAAAGGAUAAAAAACAGCAAGCUUCUGAAAAGGAUGAAGUAGUCGAAGACAAAACGGGAAAUGGUGAAAAGCCUUGUACGGAUGAAAACCUUCCAGGUAAAAGCACUACUGAUGCCUCACCAGAUCACAGUAACCUUAAUAAAGAUAACGUUGAUCCAGACCCUUCAGCCAAUGUUUUAAACUCAGGAAUAAAAGUGACUGCUUGCAAGAAUGAGACUGAACAUGUUGAAGAAGGUAACCAGAAUGGGUUGGAAGAUGUUGUUCAGACAGAUGACAACAUGGAGAUUUGCACUCCAGACCGUAACUCACCAGGGAAGGUGGUUGUGGACACAUCUCCUGUCAUUCUCACUGCCAAACCUCAGGCUUUAAGUGCUAGUACAAACAAAGAUUUACAGCCUCCUGAACAAGAUGCUGUCAAAUUAGGAAACAAUGUUAUAGACUUUAAUAUUAACAAAGAAGAAAAAGAAACAGGGAAGCAAGAAAAUAACUCUGUCCCUGUGUCUAGCACUAAAGAUUGUAGUUUAAAAAGUGAAAUCACUGAAAAUACACAAAGCAAUCCAAUCGAUAAUAAAUGGAAGCCUUUGCAAGGUGUUGGUAACUUGCAACCAGCUACAAUUAGUACUGCCACAGAAGUAAAGAACGUAGCUUCAGCACCAGAGCCUAAACCAGCAGGUUUAAGGAUUGAAAUAAAAGCUAAAAAUAAAGUAAGGCCUGGAUCUCUGUUUGAUGAAGUUAGGAAAACAGCACGGCUAAAUCGAAGGCCAAGGAACCAAGAAAGUUCCAGUGAGGAAGAGUCUCCAAGUAGAGAUGACAAUAGCCCAUCCAGGAGCCUCAGUAGGUCACGAAGUAAAUCUGAAUCUAAAUCCAGACACCGAACAAGGUCUCUGUCUUACAGCCACUCAAGAAGUCGAUCCCGAAGUUCUACAUAUUCGUAUAGGUCAAGAAGCUAUACGAGAAGCCGAAGCAGAGGCUGGUAUAGUAGAGAUCGGUCAAGAAGUCGAAGUAGUUCCUACCACAGUUACAAGAGUCGUAGUCGAACCUAUAGUAGAAGCAGAUCAAGAAGUAGUUCCUAUGGUCAUCACAGCCGAUCCAGCAGGUCAUACACAUAUGAUAGUUACUAUAGCAGAAGCCGAAGUAGAAGUAAAAGGAGUGACAGCUAUCGGAGAUCUAGAAGUUACGAUAGGCGAUCCAGAUCGUAUGGCUCUGACAGUGAAAGUGAUCGCAGUUACUCCAACAACCGAAGUCCCAGUGAAAGCAGUGGGUAUAGCUGAAAAUGUUCCUUUGACGAUUGAAACCAUAUUUAAUAAGUUUGUCAGUGUUAUGUUU